UUACACCGUGUGUUUGAGUGUGAGUGUGUGUGAGUGUGUAGUCCAACGCGAGGGAACUCAGCCCUUUGCAGCCUAUCAGAGAAGGGCUCGGGGGGGAGGCGAGUUCUGUUGUCCCGCUGUUCUCCUGCGGAUCUCCAGGCAGAACCAGUCCAGGGAGAAGAUCUGUGCGGUAGCGGUUAAAGCCUGAUCCAGGUGCAGCGCGCACACACCCGAAAGGACCUGUAAAUCAGGUCACGUGAUUGUGGAGAAAACCCUUCUGUACGGAGAGAGAGACACGCUACGGAUUUACGUAUCCGUGUCCGGUUUCUCGCGUCUCCUCCCGUCUUUUUUCAGGGAGCAGGAAAAUAACUGUUGGUGGGAUUCAGGAGAUGGUGUGAGAGGGUCCUGAGCGCGAGGAUUUGCAGGAGCGCGUUUCUUCACACCGACCGCGAGUCGCGUGGACUUCAAAGUGUGUUUGCUGUCCUGUUGAAGAGCACCAUCAGAGGACGUGAGGGAAGAAGAGGAGAAACACAACACUUCCACAUCUGCACAAACAGCUGGUGAAUUCAUCUGGAAAAGCCCAUGUGAGUUGAUGAGAUGUUCCAUGUUUUAGUAACAGGAGUUCGAGAUCUUCAGCAGGUUAAAGAAAUGGCGUGGUGGUGUGUGGCAGCACUGCUGCUGUGUGUUGCCCGCUCUGACAGCGAUCAGCAUCACGUCCACUUCUCCUCCCCGACCAUUAUCAAUACCGUGGUCCAGGACCCCCAAACAGGCCGAAUCUACCUGGGGGCCGUUGACUCCAUCUACCAGCUGGACUCGGAUUUACAGAAGGAGAGUACAGCUCAAACCGGCCCUAAAAAGGACAGCCCGAACUGCACCCCACCCAUCACUGCGCUGUGUACCGAGGCUGAGGAGACGCACAACGUCAACAAGCUCCUGCUAGUGAACCCGGCUCACGGCACGCUCGUGGCGUGCGGCAGCAUCUUCCGCGGCAUCUGCUCCCUGCUCAAUCUGAGUAACGUCGAGCAUCAGGUGUACUACAGUGACACCAAGGGAGAGAAGACAUACGUGGCCACACCAGACCGGUCCGUGUCCGUGGUGGGUGUGAUCUCAACCUUUUUUAAGGAAGGCAAAGAGCUAAACGUCUUCCUGGUGGGUCAAGGCUACGGCAGCUCCGACAGUGUGAAGCUGGUGAGCACGCGGCUGUUACAAACCAACGGUGACAUGGACAUAUUCGAGAACGUGGUGGAGACGUCUACGGUGCAGGCGGGCCCAUACAUGCAGCGAUACCAGCACGACUUUCGUUACGCUUUCAAGCACAAAGGCCACGUCUACUUUCUGUUCUCACGAGCAGCAGACACCACCGAUAACCGCAAGCUCAGCUACGUAGCUCGCCUUUGCGAUACCGACCAGAAUUACUACUCCUACAUCGAACUUCAGCUCAACUGCAGCAUGGGCACAGACAACGUCUACAACAAGGUGCAAGCAGCGUACCUGACCUCCCCAGGGCCGAUUCUCGCCCAGAACCUCAGCUCUAGUGGAAAUUUACCAGCUGACGACAAGGUGCUGUUCGGCGUCUUCAGCAAAGCGGACGGACUCGACUCGGCGCUCUGCAUGUAUCCUCUGAGCAGCAUCGACCGCCAGCUCCAGGAGGCCACGGAGUCCUGUUAUAGAGCAGAAUACGUCGACAAGAAGCCAAAAGCUGUCUCCUCACCGUACACCACCAAAAAAGAGGAUAUUUGCAAGCCUAAAAGAGAGAUAAAGUAUGAGAUGUACGCUUGUGGAGCCGAGUUCUUGCCAUCUCCUUUGGCCACUACAGCUGAAUACGCUUUAAGCACCAGCCCCGUGUACACCAGGAAGAGCCUGCUGACGUCUGUGGCCGUAUCCGUGGUGAACAGCAACACCGUUGCUUUUGUGGGCACCAACAUGGGAGAAGUGCUUAAGAUCCACCUCACCGGUCAUGCAGAUGUUUAUGGCAAAUUUCCAGGAGACGGUCCUGAUGGUCCGGUGAACAAAACCAUGUUCUUCGAUUCCAGCAUGGAUCAUCUGUACAUCACGACUUUAAAGAAGAUCACGAAGGUUCCAGUGCAGGCUUGUGAGCAGAAGAAAGAAUGCCAUUCAUGUGUGAAUCAGAGAGAUCCGUACUGUGGCUGGUGUGUCCUCGAGGGCCGAUGCACCAGAAAAAACGAUUGCAGUCAACGAGAUGAAAAAGACGCGUGGCUUUGGAGCCCUAACCAGAAGUGUGUGGCUAUUCAGAGCUUCGAUCCUCCCAGUCUCAGCUGCAAGAAGACCAAACAGGUCAGGAUUGAUGUCUCCCCCCUCCCCAAGAUUGUAAACAAUAAACUGGAGUGUGUAUUUGGUCAUUUCAAAAGCAAUGCUGAGAUGGACACCAAUCAAGUUGUCUGUGCUUUACCAAAUCCGGUGGACAUUCCACCUACACCUGAGAUGCAAGAUUUUGUAGCUGUGCCUGUGAAGAUCCUCCUGAACAACGACACCGAGUUAACACACGGCGAAUACAAGUUCUACAACUGUGCUGCCGUGGUCAAGAACGCAGUCAAUACGCCGUGUAUAGCGUGUGUUAUGAGUGAGUGGGGCUGCCAGUGGAACACAAAGGAUCACGCGUGCAGUGACCAGGACGAGUCUGCCGAGGACAGCAUCAUCAAACACGGCCAGCGUGACCGAUGUCCUCAGUUUGAGAACCUGGAGCCAUCACUCAUCCCUGUGGGCUUCAAAACUCCCAUCACCUUCGAAGGAAAGAAUUUGGAGAAGUACACGAAGAAAAAGUUUCAGAUCGGCACCGAACUCAUGAAGCAGGAUGGAGACGUGACUACUACCGGGCCAAAGUUCAGCUUUGCUGGUUAUGAGUUUGCUUGUGAGAAGAAGCCAGAGGUGAACGUUUCGUUCUACGUGAAGGAUAAGGAGACGGAGAAGAAGAUAGACAGCACACUCCAGGUGGUGCUAUAUAAUUGUUCUGUGGGUCGUGAGGACUGCAGUCUGUGUAAAAACGCAGACGUGAAGUAUAACUGUGUUUGGUGCGACGCCACACACUCCUGCAUUUAUUCACAGCUUUGCUCACAAGAGCUCAAGCAGUGUCCUGCACCCACCAUCACAGAUAUCACACCACGGUUCGGGCCCUCGAAGGGCCAAAUCUUGGUUACUAUAAAGGGAUCCAAUCUGGGGAUUAAAAAAGAAGACAUAAAGCGAAUCACUGUGGCUGAUGUUCCAUGUGAGCACCAGGCAGACCGAUACACAGUGUCCACCAGUAUUGUGUGUAAGAUCGGAGCAUUGCGUGACCCUCCGGGGGAUCUGCCCAAUCACAAGAGCCCAUUUGGACCUGUGAGGGUGGAAGUAGAAGGAAAGGAUGUCAGUGAAUCCACAGUUUCCUUCACAUACAGGGACCCCAAACCUACAACAGUGCACCCUUUAAAAGGUCCACAAGACGGUGGGACUGUUAUCACUAUCUCGGGUGAAGACCUGGACACGGCUAGUAAGAACGACAUCAGCGUGACUGUAGGAGAUGUGCCCUGUGAAGUCCGGGAGUUCGGACCCCAAAUCACAUGUAAGACGGGUCCAUAUAAAAACCUUCAGGUUCCGUCUGGGCCUCUCAAAGUCACGGUGAAAUACGGCGAGAGCACCUCGGUCAUCGUGCAGGACAGCGACUUCAUCUACGACGUCAAUCCCAAGAUCACCAGCUACUCUCCUCAAGCAAGCUUUGUGUGUGGAGGCCGGAAGAUCACGGUGGUGGGAACAGGAUUUGAUCAGGUUCAGAGAGCCGUUAUGAGAGUGCUGUUCUCUGCUGAUGAGUUCAACUUAUAUCCCAGUAAUGAUGAGUUUGUUCAGAGCUUCAUAAAUAAGAACGAAACGGUCCUCGAGUUCCUCUCUCCGACUGUGAACAAAACUCCUGUGGAUUUGUCCUUCAGAACCGUCCUUGAUCUUGACAACAUUCAGGUGAACCUGACUGAGUUUGAGUACCACUCCGACCCCGUGUUCAAGGAGAAGAUUGACAAAUCCAUCAGCGCAGGAAGCAUCAUAAUCGUCCCUGGUCAGGGUUUGUCCAAAGCCAUGACUGCUCAGGAGGCUCAGGCGUUUGUUGGAGAUAAGCAGUGUGUUGUGACCGUCCUUCACGAUGAUAAGCUGUUCCUAGUAGCCCCAUCUACACCUCCUACAGCUCGAUCCAGACGCCAGCGCCGAGACACCAGCUCGGAGAACAUGGAUCUGGCGAUUAAGUUUGGACACGGUGAGUGGAAAGUGGGCACCGUGCGCUACGAGAAGAAGAGCGAGGUUCCUCUGUACAUCAUCAUUCCAGCGGUUCUCCUGCCCAUGCUGCUGUUCAUUGCUGUGUCUGUGUACUGCUACAGGAGAAAGAGCCAGCAAGCUGAGAGAGAGUACGAGAAGGUGAAGCAUCAGCUGGACAGUCUGGAGGAGAGCGUGAGGGAUCGGUGCAAAAAAGAGUUCACAGAUCUGAUGAUUGAGAUGGAAGACCACACCAGUGAUCUGAGUGAAGCCCGGAUUCCCUUCUUGGACUUUAAGAACUACACAGACAGGGUCUUUUUCCUUCCCUCUAAAGACGGCGCCAAUGAUGUCAUGAUCACCGGCAAGCUGGACAUCCCGGAGAACCGCAGGGCCACCGUGGACCAGGCACUAAAUCAGUUCUCCAACCUCCUCAACAGCAAGACCUUCCUCAUCAACUUCAUCCGAACUCUGGAAAGCCAGCAAGAGUUUAAUGCCCGGAAUAAGGUGUAUUUCGCCUCGUUGCUGACUGUGGCUCUACACGGGAAGCUAGAGUACUACACUGACAUUAUGAGGACACUCCUGCUGGAGCUGAUGGAGGACCACGUGCACAGCAAAAACCCCAAACUGAUGCUGCGCAGGUCAGAGACGGUCGUUGAGAGGAUGCUGUGUAACUGGAUGUCCAUUUGCCUUUACCAGUUCCUCAAAGAUACAGCUGGAGAGCCACUCUACAAGCUAUUUAAAGCCAUAAAGCACCAGGUGGAAAAAGGCCCAGUGGAUGCUAAGCUGAAGAGAGCCAAGUACACUCUAAAUGACACGGGGCUGCUGGGAGAUGAUGUGGAAUACUGCGUCCUGACUCUGCAGGUCCUGGUCCAUGGUGAAGGUCCUGAUGUAACCCCAGUGAAGGUGUUGAACUGUGACACCAUCUCACAGGUGAAGGAGAAAAUCAUUGAGCAGGUUUACCGGAACCUUCCGUAUUCCCAGAGGCCGACUGUCGAGAGCGUUGCCUUGGAAUGGCGUCCCGGUUCAACAGGGCAGAUUCUGUCUGAUAUGGAUUUAACGUCUCAGAAGGAGGGCAGGUGGAAACGCCUCAACACUCUCGCACAUUACAAUGUGCGAGACAAUGCCACUCUCGUUCUCUCGAGGGUUCUUCACACUCAACAGUCUUUCUACCAAAACCAGGAAAGCCAUGAAGAAAGAAGUGCGUUGCUGGAGGAUGAGAGAGUGUUCCACCUGGUUCGGCCAGCAGAUGAGCUGGAUGAAGUAAAGUCUAAGAGGGGCAGCAUGAAGGACAAGGCUCCCAUCAAAACCAUCACUGAAAUCUACCUAACCAGACUGCUGUCUAUGAAGGGCACGUUGCAGCAGUUUGUUGAUAAUUUCUUCCGCAGCGUGUUGUGUCCGGGGGCUGGAGUUCCUCCAGCUGUUAAGUACUUCUUCGACUUCCUGGAUGAACAAGCAGACAAACAUGACAACGUUGAUGAAGAAACCAUUCACAUAUGGAAGACCAACAGUUUGCCCCUGAGAUUCUGGGUUAACAUCCUGAAAAACCCCCACUUCAUCUUCGAUGUGCACGUAACCGAGGUGGUGGACGCCUCCUUGUCGGUUAUCGCCCAGACCUUCAUGGACGCCUGCACGAAGACCGAGCACAAGCUUACCCCGGAAUCUCCAAGCAACAAACUUCUCUAUGCCAAGGAGAUUCCUACCUAUAAGAAGAUGGUUGAAGAUUAUUACAAAGGUAUCCGUCACAUGGUUCCAGUGAGUGACCAAGACAUGAACACACACCUGGCUGAAGUCUCACGGUCCCACACAGAUAAGCUGAACACCCAGGUGGCUCUGCACCAGCUGUACCAGUACGCCAGCAAAUACUACGAUGGAAUCAUCUCAUCGUUAGAGGACGACCCGGCAGCUCAGAGCAAGCAGCUGACCCUUAGACUGCAGCAGAUCGCAGCCGCGCUCGAGAACAAAGUCACUGAUCUUUAGUGUUCAGAGCUCCGAACAUCAUCACCAACAAACCUCAUUGUCUUCUCGAGAUAAAAGAACCUGUUUGAAUAAAAAGCUCCUGAGGACUUGUGCAGCCUUUCACAUUCUCCUCACUUGUUUCUUUUCCUCAGUAUGCAGCAGAAGUUCCUGAACGAGUUGGGCCACGCAAAAAAUAAAGACUGAUCACGGCUGAAAUGAGGCCCCUUCAUGGUACGGCUGCGUCCCAGCUCGUCUCCGACCACUCUGAUAAGAAUUAGCGUCCGUUCCACAGCCCCAGUAAUAAUCCCAUUCAUUCUUUCCCUGUGCAGAUGUAAUUAAAAUAAUAGUAUUAUAUGUAUAUAUUUUUACACAGAAAGGAUUUUAUCAUUUCGGUUUCGUAGCCACUAUGUUUCCAGCUUGAGGUCAUUGAGGUCACUUCUUGUAGAAUUUGCAUUGCUAUAGUCGUCUUAUGGUUCAGCAUUUCUGUCUGCACGGAGUGAUGCCUUCACAGCUAGUGCACUUGCUUCUGUGUGUUUCGUGCCGUGUGAGAAUGACGAGGGGUGUUUUAUACAGAAAGACGUGCUCUUGGUUUUGUUUUUUAUGUUUCGGGAUCACUCCAUUACGUCACUUCAUAAUCGCUCAAAAGUAUUUUAUAUGUUUGAUUGAUUUUGUUUUGUUUUUUUCUUAUGAGAGCUGCUCAGCAUCUAAAGUGCCACUUUUUAGUAAUCAGAUUCUCAUAUGUUUUAAAGCACUGCCGUUUUAAAUUCGUGUCUCGCAGCACACGCUUUCCCCUCUCGGCUUUUGUAUUCUGAACCACAGACAUGUGACACGUGACGGUUACGUAGAAGUUGUUUUGUGUUGUCUGAAAAUUGAAAGGAAAUCACUGAAAGGAAAUCAUGGCCUUUGAUUGUGUCAGGGACUUUUGAAUGUUAUCAGUUUUUUUCCCGACCUGCUCUGGUGUGAAUUCAGUGAUCAUAUGAAAUGUUUUGUUAAAUAUAAGGUCUUUGUGACCGGCAUGAAAACUGUGCAGUUCUGUUGAGUUUUCUGUUUUCUUUUCUCCUCAAGAUGACCAAGUCGGAGAGAUUUCACACACCGCACUCCAGUAGAGUUUUUAAUGUCUGAAUGAAAAUAGAUGACGAUGAAUGAGUUUCUUUCUUUCCCUUUAAAGGUGGUACUAUAUUUGACUUGUUCCCUGAUUCAAUCACGCCAUGAACUACACACAUCAAAUCACACUAAUAAUAUAAAUGUAUUUUUUUAGUACAGGAGGACAUUCACUGUUUUUUUGUUUUUUUUUCUUUUCCUCCACUUCCUGUUACAUUCCUAAUGAGUGUGUUGCCAUGUCGUGAAGCUUUUUUUUCUGCCUUUCAUGACCAGAAUGUGCCUUAAUGAAAACAGUAAUAAUUAUAAUCAUGUGGUGAUUGAAGCUGAAAUAAAACCUGCUAUUGCUCUGAUUUUUGUACAAUAUCCCGUUUGUGUUCUGUGCCACUGAACUGAGGUGCCACUAUGGUUUACUUAAUGCUGGUAAAUGUGUGUACGAUGUUGAAGAAAAAAUAUAUUAAAAGUAUGUUUUUUUGUGGUCUUUA